GCAAACAGAGUGCGCGCUGAGACGAAGACGAAGAUGAAGACGAAGACGAAGACGAAAAACAGUGCAGAGCAAUUCAUAUGAAUUCGCUCGCCCGCAAACAGAGUGCGCGCAAAGCCGAAGACGAAGAUGAAGACGAAACGCAAGCAAUUCGCUUCAAACGCUGUGUUUAAAAAACGUUGUUUAUGGGAUCAGCAACAUAAACUUUACCACAAUAGGCAUAUUGUUGAUCAAAAUUGGAAUGAUAUUUCAAAGGAAUUGAAUGUUGAUGCCAUGUCUUUGAAAAAAAAAUGGAAACAAUUAAGGGAUACAUUUCGAGUCGAAUUGAGGAAAUUUCCACCGGAACGUUCUGGCGACGCUGGACCUGAGUCGCUCAACGAGAUGUGUUCUCAAUGGACUCAUUUUGAGUCCAUGAAGUUCAUUAAGGACCAGAUAAAGUGCCGCCAGUCUUCCGGAAAUUUGAGUCGCCCUCAAUCAUAUGAAAAUGUAAGCAUUAAUGCUUUCGAAGACUCAACUAUUGGAGAUACAGAGUUGAGUGUAGAUAUAGAGGCGCCGCAUAGUGCGAAUAAAGAGACGCCGCAGUAUGAUGAGGAAAGCAACAUUAGUACUUUUGAGGUUGACACAUCCACCCCACAACAUCAUGCUCCAAAAAAACUAAAACGACGCCAUGACAACAUUGAGGGUGAAAUCCUCGAAAUAGAGAAAAAAAAAUUGGAACUUUUGGACCAAAAAAAUAAAUCCAGGAUUCCAGCAGACGACGAGGAUAUGGCGUUUUUUGUUAGCUUAUUGCCACACGUGCGGAAAAUGGAUCCGCAAACUAAACUUUUAUGCCGCAUGGACAUGCAAAGAUCUGUGUACAACUAUGCGUACAACGUAGGGCGCUCUUUUCAGGCUACUAGCAUUUCCGUACCAUCACCGACUGUUUUUGAGUCUUCUUCAACAGCAUUUUCGGAUAAUGCAUUAUCCCCACAAGACCCGAUGCAAUACGUUUCAUCAGGAAACGUUGUUACAUUUUCAAAUUUAUAAAAAAAAACAUUGAAAUGAAUAAAACUAAAUAAAUUUUGAAAAAUUUUC